AUGCGUCCGCAUCAUGUCCUGAGUGGACUGUUGGCGUUGAACCAGACCGGUCGCGGCGCUGUCGUCGAUGCUGCGGCUUCGGCCCCCUCCACGUCCUUGGACUGCAGCAACUGUGCAGCCGUCCCGGCUGUCUGGAACGGCUUUGGAUAUCUCUUCAAUGUCACCGUCGGGGGGCAGUUGCUCACUGUGCUGAGCGACUGGACCUGGGCCUCUCUCUUCGUACGGUCUGGCAGAUGCUUGAACCGCUUCGACCCUUCGUUGUGCGUCGGCACCUCUGGACAGGCCUGGUUCAACGAGCGACAGUCGCCGACGUUUGAGAAUUCGUCUCUGCCGCAGAGCUGCUGGCCUAUAACGGCGUUUGCGCCCAAUUUCACCGUCGACUAUGCCACCGACGAAGUCUGUGUUGGAGACAUAUGCAACCCCGGCACCAUUCUCCAGCUCUCCGACUUUCCCUAUCCCGCCGCCGCCAUCCCCACCGUGCCCUUUGCCGGCAUCUACGGGAUGGCGCCGGUGACGCCCGGCCUCGGAGAAGAACUCCACCCGGCCUCUUACCAGUCCUGGAAUGCCGGCAAACUUGGCCCCCGGUUUGGCUGGCACUCGUGCGCUACGCUGUCCUCGUCGAAGCCGUGCCUCGGUGGUGAGGCCAAGGUCGUCCUCGGCGGCACCGACACCUCGCUCUAUAACCAAAGCGAGGUGCAUGAAUUUGCAAUCCGGAACCCGUCCUGGCUCGGCGAAGCCUUUUACCCCCUGACACCGCCGAGGAACAACUACUGGAGCACCGAAUUGACUGGCAACUGGAUUCGCUCCACAGGUCAACAAGAGUCCCCCAACUUCGCCAUUGCCCCGAACGAUUCAGACCCUGCGGCCCGGACCCUUGGUCUGCUCGACGAAGGUUCCGAAGGUCUUGCUGCCCCUCUGUCGCUCAAGGCGUACCGCUGGUUGGUCGACCAGGUCAACGGCACUCUAGCCCCGAGUACCAUCGUGCAAGCUAUUUUAGCCCAGGGCUCCUCCGGAUUCAACAUGGCUCACCAAGACUGGUUCACCGUGCCCUGCAACGGCACAGGGAGCUUUCCAGAGCUAGUCUACGAGCUCGAGGGCCGCGCAAACUACACCAUUUCUCCAGACGACUAUGUGGUCAAGCUCAACGCGGGCGCGACUCAGCCGCCAGUGUGCUAUCUUGGCAUCAACGUGUGGAAGUAUGGCCGGGUCGACAACGGAGACGCCCGAGUUCUACUUCUGGGCGGGGCAUUUCUGAAGCGACUCUACGUAAUCUUGGACUUUGAGAGACUGUCUUUCAGCUUCGCUCCUCUCCGGGGCUCAAUUUCCUAG